AUGACGAUCAACGAUUCUCACAUGGAGCCGCAGAGGUUCCAGUUCGGAACUCCCCUGUCUUCUGCGAGCCAUGCACUCCCCAACAAGUCCUUUUCACAGGAGCCCAUUGCGGUGGUUGGGAUGGCCUGUCGGCUGCCUGGCCACAGCAACUCCCCCAAAGAAUUAUGGGAUUUCUUGGAGCGUGGUGGCAUUGCGGCCAAUGAAGCCCCAGAAUCCCGUUUCAACCUCAAGGCACACCAUGAUGGAUCCAAGAAGCCCAAGACGAUGCGUUCCCCUGGCGGAAUGUUCAUCGAGGAUAUCGAUCCAAAGGUCUUCGAUGCUGGCUUUUUUGGUAUCUCUGGUGCAGAUGCACUCGCUAUGGAUCCUCAACAACGUCAGUUGUUGGAGGUGGUAUACGAGUGCAUUGAGAACUCCGGCACGCCCAUGGAGAGGCUACAUGGUGCCCCGAUCGCCUGCUUUGUAGGAUCAUACGGCGUUGAUUAUGGUGAUAUGCAAGCCCGGGACCCUGAGGACCGGGUCCCAGGUGUGACAAUCGGAGUGGGACGCGCCAUCCUCAGUAACCGAAUCAGCCAUUUCUUUAACUUCAAAGGCCCCAGUAUGACCAUCGAUACAGCCUGCUCGGGUAGUCUGGUAGGAGUCGAUGUGGCUUGUCGAUAUCUCCACACUGGAGAGGCAAACGGGGCAGUUAUUGCGGGUGCCAACCUGUAUCUCAGCCCUGAGCAUAAUACAGACAGCGGUGCUAUGAAGGGAGCGUCUUCCCUUACAGGAAAGUGCCACACAUUCGACGUCAAAGCGGACGGUUACAUCAAAGGCGAGGCCAUUAAUGCCGUCUAUUUAAAGCGUCUGAAGGAUGCUGUUUGGGACGGAGACCCCAUCCGCGCCGUGAUCCGGGGAACUGCGACAAAUAGUGAUGGUCGCACCCCCGGAAUUGCGAGUCCCAGUGCGGAAGCCCAGGCGUCGGCAAUCCGCGCGGCCUAUGCCAACGCAGGUAUCAGCGAUCUUAACCACACCGGGUAUUUGGAAUGCCAUGGAACCGGCACGCAGGCAGGAGAUCCCCAAGAAGUCAGGGCACUGUCGACCGUUUUUUCACCCUCCAGGAUCAACGACCAGCCUCUGAUUAUCGGAUCGAUCAAAAGCAACAUCGGUCAUUCAGAGCCAGCCGCAGGCAUUUCUGGUUUGAUCAAGGCAGUGCUGGCCAUCGAGCACGGAGUUAUUCCCGGGAACCCAACAUUUGUGACUCCGAAUCCUAAGAUCGACUUCAAGGGCCUCAACGUGCGGGCGACCCAGAACAAGAUUCCCUGGCCCCAAGCCCAGUUCAGACGCGCCAGUGUCAAUUCUUUCGGAUAUGGCGGCUCCAAUGCCCAUGUCAUUGUCGAAGAACCCUCGUGCUUGUUACCUGACUGGUCCGGUACACAUGUCUCCUCCCACCGGGCGCUCGCCGAGGACUUGUUUGGCGAUGACGAUGACAGCUCAUCGGCUGUGGGUAGACCGUUCACGCUUGUCUUUUCUGCCAACGACGAACCGUCCCUACGUGCAUACGUCAAGUCUUUGAGGAAGCAUAUGCUGAAUCCCAGUGUGAAGAUCACGUUGCCGGAUCUGUCGCACACACUCUCGGAACACAGGACGCGCCAUUUCCACCGCGGCUAUCUGGUCGCUCAAUCCACGACGUUGGAUGAAGCUGCCUUGGUGAUCGGUAAGCAGGCGGCGGAGGAGCCUCGGAUUGGGUUUAUCUUCACAGGACAGGGGGCCCAGUGGUCGCAGAUGGGCAAAGCCAUCGUGGAAAUAUUUCCUCGCGCGCGGGCAAUUCUUCAACAUUUGGACAGGAUUCUGCAAAGUAGUGCGGUUGCUCCGUCCUGGUCCUUGUUACGCGAACUUACCGAGCCUCGCAACCCGGAGCAGCUUCGACUACCUGAAUUCUCUCAGCCUAUUGUGACGGCUCUUCAGAUUGUCCUAGUCGAUAUUUUUCGCGAAUGGGGGGUGACCCCGUCCGCUGUGGUUGGGCAUUCGUCUGGGGAGAUUGCGGCCGCCUAUACCGCGGGCCUCGUGUCAAGAGAGAACGCUAUCAGAGCGGCUUUCUACCGAGGCCAGGCCGCGACUAUGCAAGGAGCUGAGUCCCAAGUUCCAGUUGGUAUGAUGGCCGUCGGUGUUGGCGCCGAAGUGGUGGCUCCCUAUCUCGAAGGUGUUGAGGAUGCCGUGCAGAUUGCCUGCUACAACGGCCCUAGCAGUGUGACCCUGUCCGGCACGACAGAGGGCCUGAAAAUUGUGCAGACUCGCCUGGGAGAAGACAAUGUUUUUUCGCGCAUGCUGCAGGUCAACCUUGCCUACCACUCAACCUUCAUGGAUGGGAUCAGCCAGGGUUAUAGCAGCUUGAUGGCCCAGGACUUUGUCCAUAAUUCAUUUAGACGCGACGAUGUAAGAAUGUUCUCGUCUGUGGUUGGCAAGGAAAUGACCGACGCUGCCGAUGCUGCAUACUGGAGGAGUAACAUGGUGCGCCCAGUUCGCUUCGACACGGCUGUGGAGCAAAUGAUCACCGCAGAAUCCGGGCCAAAUUUCCUGAUCGAAAUCGGACCUAGCGGUGCAUUAGCUGGCCCUGUCUCUCAGACCUUGAAGAAGCUCUCGUCAGCCGCCCAAUACUGCACCGCCAUGUCCCGCGGUGCUGCGGCGAUCCGUGUGAACCAUGUGGAAGGGAUGAAACCCCAGAUUAUCAUCGAUCUCCCGAACUAUGCAUGGAAUCACUCGACAGAAUACUGGUAUGAAAGCGAGGCGAGCAAGGACUGGAGAAAUAGACUUUUCACCCACCAUGACCUCCUAGGAAGCAAGAUUCUGGGAAGCCCAUGGCAUUCGCCCUCGUUCUCGAAGUUACUGAAGGUGGAGGACCUGCCAUGGCUGACCGACCACAAGAUGGGACCUGAUACUGUGUUCCCAGCCGCCGGAUUUAUGGCCAUGGCGAUGGAGGCAAUCUUCCAGCGUUCUGAAGCAUUGACUAUCCUCGAGGACGCGACGAAGAUCGAGAAGCCACGAUACCGACUUCGAAAUGUCGCGUUCAAUAAGGCACUUGUCCUGAACGAUAGCGGUGAGCCGACCAAGGUCAACCUGAGCUUGAGCGCUCACCCUGGCUUCAAGGAGAGCUGGCACGAAUUCAGGGUCUCAUCACUAGCGGGUUCGACCUGGACGGAGCAUUGUCGCGGGUUGGUUCGAAUUGAAGAGGAUGUACAACAAGUCGCAUCGGCCGACGCAAUUCGGCCACUCGUGUACCCUGUUGACGGCCAGGUGUGGUACAAGGCAAUGUCUGAUGCAGGAUACAACUUCGGCGCCAGCUUCCAAAAGCAGCUUCAGGUCGAGGUCAUAUCCGGAAAACGUUCCAGCCGAUCUUUGGUGUCUCUCGAGGCACCAGACUCGGCCUAUCAGCAGUCAGUAUAUCCCAUGCACCCAGCGUGUAUUGAUGGAUGUCUCCAAACCUGUGCUCCGUCCCUCUGGAAGGGUAACCGCAAUGAUGUGAACGCAGUCCUGGUACCUGCCAUCAUUGACGAUCUUACAAUCACCUCGAGCCGAGCGGCGAGCGGUGUGUCAUGCUCUACUGCCAAGUUUGUGGGCCUUGGUCGCCCAGAAGAGACCAAGAACUAUAUGUCUGAUGCCACUGUCUAUGAUCCAAAGACAGGAAAUCUGCUGUUCCGCUUAGCAGGCCUUCGUUAUCACAAGAUCGAUACUGGCUCGAGUCCUUAUGAUGCGCAUACAUACAGCUCUCUCGUCUGGAAGCCGGAUAUCACACUCUUGUCAUCGGAUCAAUUGGCAAAAUUAUCUUCCAGCGAAGAAGAUAUCCAUGAUCCCGCUUUGCGAGUUGUAAGCGAAGUUCUCACUCUGGCGGCUCAUAAGAAGCCCAAUUUGCGGGUCAUGGAGUUGAACAUGGUUGCCGGUCAGAAUGACAGUUUGUGGCUAGAGACGGUUGCACGCCAUGAAAUGAUUCGCAAAUCUUAUCGUCAUUUCGCUUACUAUCUGGAUGACCCCAGUGGGCUUGUCGAAGCUGGAGCAAAGUAUGCGGAAUCAGACACCACAGAGAUUGCCCUGCUCGAUCUCACCCACUUGGUUAUGGAGGAGCAGUUUGACUUGGUGAUCGUUCGCCUGUCUCCGUCCGCUGAGAAUGUACAAGGCCUGUCUCAAAAGGUACGCGCGAUUGUCAAGGACUCAGGACAGGUCCUCUUUCUCCGCCAGAAACUCGCACCCGCAAAUCCCGAUCUUGUUGUCAAUGGCGAAGCGCGUGACUUUGACCUCGGUUUCAGUUUCGCCGACACUCGGCAUCUGGCAUUCGGUGAAAGUAGCGCCUUUGGCAGCAUGUAUCUGAGUAGUGUUCGAGACGUCCCCAACAACAGUCGCGAUGUCGCGUUGUUCCAUUUCACGAAGCCCAGCCCAGCUGCUCUGAAGGCUAUCACGGCUCUCCAAAGUCGUGGGUGGUCGUUUCAGGCUUUCGAAUCGAGUCCAGAGCCAGAUUCCAUCGCAGCGAGUCGGGUUUUAGUGUUAGAUGAACUGGACACAUCUCUCUUUCCCAACCUCAACUCGGACCAUUGGGACUCGCUCAAGAAACUGCUUUCCAGUGACAAACGCGUUUUGUGGGUAACGAAAGGGUCCCAGUUAGCCAUUGCAGACCCGGAAAAGGCAAUGAUUCACGGCCUGGGACGAACAGUGCGCUCUGAAGACCCCACUAUCAGCCUGACAACAUUGGAUGUGUCCAGUUCGUCUACCGAUGUCAUUAUUGACUCCAUCGAUGCGGUCCUGCAACAACUGGCGGGAGAUGCACCGAUCCACAACGUCGAGAGUGAGUUCGCCGAACUAGACGGUAUCAUUCACGUUGGGCGCAUCCUGCCAGAUGCUCUUGUGAACAACGCGGAGAACGAGGACAAAAAUGGGAGGGCUCUAGUAACACACUCAUUGCACGACUGCACUACCAUGGUUCGCCUUCAGUGCGAGCGAACUGGCACGAUCGACUCGCUGGUCUAUACCGAGGUUGCACCUGUCGAGCUGCCUCUUAGGGACAACUGUGUAGAGGUCGAGCUUGAGGCUGCCGGACUAAACUUCAAGGAUGUCGCCAUCACCAUGGGAAUCAUUCCUGAAAACGAACAUUUGCUUGGGCUUGAGGGUGCUGGCACCGUUCGUCGUGUUGGAAAGUCCGUGGACACGUACAAGAUCGGCCAGCGCGUGCUGGUCUUCGAGCGAGGCACUUUUGGCAACCGCAUCCACGCCACCACCGAGCGAGUUCACGCCAUUCCGGAUUCGAUGACCUACGAGGAGGCUUCAACGCUAGCUAGCGUGUAUCUGACUGCUCUAUACAGCCUCUAUGAUUUAGCCAACCUUCAGUCGGGCCAUCGAGUUCUUAUCCACUCCGCAACAGGUGGGCUAGGGAUGGCGUCGAUCCAAAUCUGCCAACAUAUCGGCGCAGAGGUCUUUGCCUCGGUCGGAAAUCAAGAGAAGCGGGACUUUCUGACGGAAAAGUUCAACAUUCCUGCGGAUCAUAUCUUUAGCUCGCGCGACAUCUCUUUCGCUUCAGAGCUAAUGCGGGUGACCGAUGGAUAUGGUGUGGAUGUGAUUCUUAACUCGUUGACCGGGGAUCUACUCGACGAGUCUUGGAGAUGCAUUGCUAAUGGCGGAACGAUGGUCGAGCUGGGCAAGAGGGACAUGCUCGACCGUAACACCCUCAGCAUGGAGCCCUUUGGCCGCAAUGCAUCGUAUCGGUGCUUUGACAUGUCACACAAGCAUGUUUCAGACACACUGAUCGGUCGACUCCUAAAGCAGCUGUUUGAGCUUCUGGAUGCAGGUCACGUCAAGCCGAUCGCUCCUAUUACCGUAUUUCCCUUUGAGGAUAUCCCUUCCGCCUUCCGGUACAUGCGGUCGGCGAACCAUAUCGGAAAGAUCGUUAUCUCGAAUACCGACAAAGAAAACAAAGUCAUUGAGGUUCCAGUGCGUCCCAGUCCAAAGUCGGUGGUGCUUCGUGACGACGUAUCCUACUUGAUUGUUGGUGGCUUGAAGGGACUUUGCGGAAGUCUCGCGAUUUCACUCGCCCGUGCUGGGGCGAAGAAUCUCACCAUCAUGUCUCGCAGUGGCUAUGCAGAUGAUGCAUCCCAACGGAUCAUCCAGAACCUCCAAGCCUUGGGUUGCGUUCUCGCCUUAGUCAAAGGCGACGUCUCCGUCGAGAGAGACGUCCGACGUGCAGUGAAGGAUUCAAAAGCGCCCGUAGCAGGCGUCAUUCAGGGAGCCAUGGUCCUUCGCGAUAAGGUCUUCACCUCCAUGACUAUCGAGGAGUACCAUCAAGCCGUCACCUGCAAGGUCCAGGGCACGUGGAAUCUACAUAAUGUUCUCCAGGAAGAGCAUCUCCAGGUGGACUUCUUCACCAUGCUCUCCAGUGUCUCCGGGGUGGUGGGUCAGAAGGGCCAAGCCAAUUACGCAGCGGCCAACGCGUUCUUGGAUGCUUUUGCCACCUACCGACAACGACUUGGGCUUGCGGCCAACUCAGUUGACUUAGGUGCCAUCCAGGAUGUCGGAUAUAUGAGCCAGCACGCCGACCUCCUGGCUGCAUUGGAAUCAGCAGCUUGGACCCCGAUCAACGAGGCGUUGUUCCUCAAGAUCGUGAAAUUCUCACUGCGUCAGCAGCUGGAUACGAUCAACCCAGACAGCGCCGCGCAGCUCAUCACGAGCAUUGCGGUUCCCCAGAGUGAAUCCUCACCAUUGCUGCGGGACGCACGAUUCAGCACCCUUUGCUUCCGUGACGGGACUAAUCAAGGCGCAGGCGAUGCGGCCCAGGACGGAUCAAAGGAGAUCAAGGCGCUUACGCUGUUGGUAAAGAACCAAGCGGAAUUGGGCGUAGUGCAGCAGGCGGUGAUUGACGUUGCAACGCGUCAAUUCACAUCGAUGUUGCGUUUGAGUCAGCCGAUGGAGGCAGCUAAAUCACUGGACAGCUACGGACUGGACUCAUUGGCGGCGGUGGAGUUCCGGAAUUGGUUGCGAUUGGAGCUGAAGGUUGAAGUGACGACCCUAGAGAUCACCAGUGCGGCAUCCCUGAUGGCGCUGUGUGAGAGAAUCGCGUCGCGGUUGCUGGGAUAA